AUGGCAGCGCCUAGUGAUUCUACUGACAGCGGCAAUACCGAAGAAAAUAUUUUAUAUGAUUUAUUAAUAAAUACCGAGUGGCCACCGGAGCCCGACGUGCAGCCUCGAGGCAACCGUGACCAUGCAUCGUCCUUUGUUCUUUCCAAAGCAAUCACAGGUCCUGUGCUCUAUAUGCUGCAAUAUGUCUGGUACAGCCCUGCAAAAUUUUCUCUUCCUCCUGGACUUUUCCGUCUGCUAAACAAACAAAUUGGCUGGCACCUGGUACUGACAAGUAAUGGUAAGCUUUUGGCUGCUGUUCAGGACCAGUGUAUUGAAAUCCGGUCUGCAAAAGAUGACUUUGGUUCCGUGAUAGGAAAAUGUCAAGUUCCAAAAGACCCCAACCCACAGUGGAGAAGAGUGGCAUGGAGCCACGACUGCACGUUAGUGGCGUACGCUGAAAGCACCGGGACUGUCAGGCUUUUUGAUCUCAUGGGCAGUGAACUCUUUGUCAUCCCUCCGCAAACUACUUUUCCAGGAGAUCUAAGUUAUGCUGUUGCCGGACUUGUGUUUCUUGAGUACAAAGCAAGCACUCAGUGGUCAGCUGAACUUUUGGUCAUCAAUUACAGAGGGCAAUUGAAAAGUUACCUAGUAAGUGUCGGGGCCAAGCAAAGUUAUCAGGAGAGCCACAGUUUUAAUUUUGGGUACCAUUAUUCUCAAGGGAUUUCCUCUGUUGUUUACCACACUGGACACAGACUGCUCCUGGUUGGAGGCACGGAGACAAAUGAAGAUGGAGCGUCAAAAGCGACACAGUGUGGUAUAUCCGCCUGGAGGGUUUUGUCUGGCUCACCCCAUUAUAAACAAGUUACUAAUUAUGAAGAUGACGUGGGCACAGCGCUGAAGAGAAAAGGAUUAUGGAGGAUUAUUAACUUCCGAUUAUCUAGCAGACAUGGAACAGAACAGGAUGGCAUUUUUAAGAUGAGCCUUUCACCUGACGGCACACUUCUGGCUGCAAUUCAUUUCUCUGGUAAACUGACCAUCUGGCAAUUUCCUUCUUUAAAGCUACAAGGUGAAUGGCACCAGGAUGAGCAGCCUGGCUAUGAUGAGAUCAACCCUGAAUGGAGGAACUCUGUGGAAAAACGAAAAAAGAUGAAAGAUAAAGAGGCCUAUUAUUCACUGAUGGAUAUAAAUUGGUGGGCGGACAACACAGUGAUUUUGGCCCGGUGCUCUGGUUCAUUGACAGUAUCCUCUGUAAAAACAUUAAAGAACUUGCUGGGAAAAUCCUGUGAAUGGUUUGAACCUUCUCCACAGGUUACAGCAGCCCAUGAUGGAGGAUUUCUGAGCUUGGAGUGUGAAUUGAAACUGGCAUCAAAGAGAUCUCGUGUGGAAAACAGACCCUAUGAAGAUGAGGACGGAGAGUAUAACUCUGACAGUGAUGACGAAAUGUCAGCCAAAGCCAGAUACUUUGCUUACAUAAAACAAGGCCUGUACUUUGUGACAGAAAUGGAGCGCUUUGCCCCUCAACGCAAACGUCCACGCAUGAUUACAAAAAACUACCGACUUGUUAGUUUGAGAUCUACAACUCCUGAGGAGCUAUACCAGAGAAAGAUUGACAAUGAAGAAUAUGGUGAGGCUUUGUCAUUAGCACAAGCUUAUGGUCUUGACACAGAUCUGGUAUAUCAGAGGCAGUGGAGGAAAUCCACAGUAAAUAUUGCAACAAUCCAGGACUACCUAAGCAAAAUUAAGAAGAGGUCAUGGGUUCUACACGAAUGUUUAGAGAGAGUCCCGGAAAAUGUUGAUGCUGCUACAGAACUGCUUAUGUUUGGCCUGAAGGGCACAGACCUCGAGGCUCUUGUUGCAAUAGGAAAUGGAGAAGAUGGUGGAAGAUUCAUUUUACCUGGAGAUAUGGAUAUUGAUGAACUCCCAUAUGAGGAUUUUUUGUCCCCGGAAGAAGCAGCAGAAAAUAGGAAGGCCAGAGAAAAACAGAAACAAAUACAGCUUUUACAGAUGGUUGACUUUGCCAACUUAACACUGGAACAAAAAGAAUUGUGCCGUUGUAGACUUAAGUUAUUAACCUACUUGGAUCGUUUGUCGACAUACGAGGAAAUCCUUGGGGGACCUCACGAAGCAGUGGAAAGAUACGAUUCUGAAUUCUUCAAGAAGUUUAGGAACCAAAAUAUUGUGCUGUCAGCUAGAACAUAUGCUCGGGAAAGUAAUGUGCAAGCGCUUAAAAUCCUCUUCACUUUCCAUGGAUCAGACCUUCUACCGCAUAUCCUGCCAAUUCUUUCCAAUUUUCCAGAGACCACUUCACCACAUGAGUAUUCCAUCUUGCUGCCAGAGGCUUGCUUUGAAGAAGGGGAGCUGAAGAUUGUCCCCUGGAACGAGCAGAAGCAUCGAGACAAAGACUGGUGUGAAAGAGCGGAGUGCAAGGUAGUGGUAGAACCAAGUCAAUCAGAUGUGGCAGAAUUUUUAUACGAGGAGCAACCAGACUUGGUCAUGUACAGAGCUGAUCAUCUAUCAAUUGAUAUAGUGCAAAAAUGGUAUCGGAGCAGAGCAGAGGAGAUUGAGAACUAUGCACGUCAGGCCGACUGUGCGCUCUCCCUGGUACGCCUUGGAAAAGAGAGAAAUGUUCCUGGCCUGCAGAAGCUAACUGAUGACCUGGUCACGCUAGAGACACUUGUGUACGAGGCUGAUUGCGAUGUGUCCUUGUCUCUAAAAGACUUGCAGCAGAUCAAAGACAUUGAUAAGCUCUGCUUGUUAUUGGCAAAUUCUUCUGAUGAAGACUAUGUGAAAAAUGCAUUUCAGUGGAUGGUGCCUUUCCUUCAUCGUUGCGAGGCUCAAACACCAGGGUUUGCCAAUACACUUCUGAAAGAAUAUUUAGUUACCCUGGCAAAAGAUGACCUUAAACUUCCUUUGAAGGUUUUUCAGCAUUCCAAACCAAAUUGCCAGCAAAAACUAAUUCCUCACCAGGAUCAGUUGAUAAUAAUAGCGCUGGAAUCCAUCUACAACUGUGAGAGAGAUGACCAGCUUGCUUUGUGUUAUGACAUCCUGGAGUGCCUACCGCAGAGAGGUUAUGGCAUUGAAACCGACAUAACUAACUCUCUUCACGAAAAGGUAGAUCAGCUGGAACAAAUCCUCAGCGUGUCUGAAAUACUGGAGAAACAUGGACUUCAGAAGCCAAUCUCAUUUGUGAAGGACACCCAGUCAAAUCCUGAGGAAGCACGCAAGCUGAUGGUCAGACUCACAAGGCACACAGGACGCAAACAGCCUCCAGUUAGUGAGAGCCAUUGGAAGAGUCUUCUGCAAGAUAUGCUGGAAAUGCAGCAAAAUGUAUACAGAUGUUUGGAUGCAGACACUUGCUAUGAGAUAUUUGCAGAAAGUUUGCUGUGUUCAAGCCGUUUGGAGAAUAUACACUUGGCUGGGCAAAUGAUGCACUGCAAUGCUGUGUCCAUAGAUCUUCCUGUAAGCAUCACUUCUAAAGGAAAAGUCCAAUAUAAGGUCGGCUAUGAUACGAGUGUGCAGCUGGUGUUGGCAGCAAGCAGAGAAUACUUCAAUUCUUCUGCUACACUGACAGAUAACUGUAUGGAUUUGGCCAGGAGCUGCUUGCAGUUAAUUUCUGACUGUCCUGAGACCAUUCACAAGGAACUUGAUUUAAUACGUUCUCUUGGUUACCUUGAAGAGUUUGGAGUUAAGAUUUUGCCUUUACAAGUGCGUUUGUGCAACAAUCGCCUGGAUCUCAUCAAGGAAUGCAUUUCUCAGUGCCCGACAAGCUACAAGCAGUCAGCGAAACUCCUGUCACUUGCAAGUUUGCUGAGAGUAGCAGACGGCGAUGAGAGAGAACGAAAGGGACAGAUAUUAACUCUGUUAACUGAACAAGCUCUUCAAUUCCAAGACUACAGAGUUGCCAAUGGCCACUGUCAGGAGCUGAUUACAACAGGCUACUGUAAGGGUUGGGAAGUAUGUAGCCAGUUGGGACAGUCAGAAGGUUACGAUGAUCUCGCCACUCGUCAUGAGCUCAUGGCGUUUGCAUUAACCCAUUGUCCUCCCUCUGCUAUACAGAAUCUCUUGGCUGCCAGUAGCUCUUUGCAAACACAGAUUCUGUAUCAAGCAGUAAAUUACCAGAUACAACCAAAUGAAGGAGAAGGAGAAGAGAAUUCACAUCUCUCCGGACCACCUGGGAUGACCAGCAAAGAAUCCUGUCAGGUUGCCAAUAAGACUCUGUCUUCCCAGUCUGUUGAUUUAUUGCAUCUAACAACUGCUACAACAAUGAAAGUUCUAUCUAAUACUACUAUGACUACUAAGGCUGUGUUGCAUGCUGUUAGUGAUGGGCAGUGGUGGAAAAAGUCCUUAUCUUACCUUCGUCCCCUGCAAGCUCUGGAAUUAGGUGAUAGCUUAAAGAAUAUGGCAGUGAGUAACGCAGGAGCCGAGAAGCAAGGUUGCCAUCCAUUUUAUGAGUCUUUAAUUGUGAAUCCUUUUAUUGCUAAAAGUGAAGGGACAUAUACUUCAUACCAACACAGUCCACUGGAAAGCUUUGCUGAAGUCCUUUUGAGCACAGGGAAGCUAGCAGAAACGAAAAGUGAGGGAGAAAGCCUGUUCCCUGCAACAGAAGUUCUUUUGCAGUUGGCGAAUGACACUUUGCCUAUUGAUAUUACAUUGUCUGUAGCUUAUCUGCUUGCUUUGCCACAGAUUGUAGAUGCCAACAAGUGCUUUGAAAAGCAAUCACAUUCAGCUUUAUCUCUUCAGCUGGCAGCGUAUUACUAUAGCCUGCAGAUCUAUGCUCACUUGGCACCAUGUUUUAAGGACGAGUGCCAUCCUCUCUACAGGGCUGACCCCAAGGAGCUAAUCAAAUUGGUUACACAAUAUCUCUCUGACUAUGCCAACACUAACUGGCCCACAGAAUUAGUUCCAUUAAUUGAGCAAUUGCGAUAUUAUAAUGAUCGACUGGCAGACUUCACUCAAGCACAGAUUCUCCAGGGCCUUGCAAAAGGAGUGGAUGUUCAACGCUUUGCAACAGACAGCCAGUACAAGAGGGAAACUAUCCUUGGUCUUGCUGAGACACUUGAAGACAAUGUGUACACAAUUUCUCUUUCUUUGGCUCAACGAUACCAAGUGCCACUUUGGGAAGUUUACAUGAUACACUUGGAAUAUUUAUUCUCCGACAGUGGGUUAUCUACAGAAGAAAUAGAAGGAAGGGCACAGAAUCUUGGCCUGUUUGAUACUUUAAAAUCCAACCCUGCAUCUUUUUAUGAACACAUGACUAAGUAUGUCUAUCCUACCAUUGAAGGCAAGGAUCUCCAAAGGCUGAUGUACUAUUACACUCUCCUUGAGAACUGUGGCUGCUCUCAGUUUGUGAAACGUGUCAUCAAACCUGAUUCACAUAUAAAGCUAUUGAAGAAGCUAAAGACAGUAGCACCAGGUAUUGAUUACAAAAAACUAACAGAAGCCACAGUGAGUCCAAUGACGUCUUUGGAACUAGUCCUUACUAGUCAGAAUGUGCUGGCUAUUUCCAAGCUUGCAACAAGAAUCCCAGACUUAGAUGGAUCCAUGUUGACCUCCAGUGUGGUGCAUGCACUGUGGCUGAAGAAGCUCUUCUGGAACGGUGAUCCUCAUCUCCUUAAAAAGGCUCCUCAGAGUGGCCCAGAAUGGUUACAGGCGUACGAUAUUUGUAGAAAGUACCUUGAGAGACUGAACCCUUGUGAUUUAAUUGCAUUCGCUGAUGACAUUACAUUUUCCUCUAAUGCUGUUAAUAAGCUGACAGCGGAAGCCAGGACUGAGAUAACUAAAAAAGUCAUCACAGCCGUCAAGCAGUUUAUUGAGAAGCAAAGAAAAAAGAACUUAGGAGAUAUCACCCAGAGUUGUGACUUUACUGUCACUUACGAAGUUGCUUUAAAUCAUCUACAACAAUCCUUUGCUCAUCUGGAAACACUCAGUCAUCCUUUUAUCAGCCACUUGAAGAGUACAGCCCAGGACCGUUUACAGAAAUAUUCCUAUUUAUAUGAUUUGUCAAGAUCAGAAAAAGACAAAAUUAAGGACCUGGCAGUCACAAUGUGCCUUGAAGGAGAAUCACUUGACACAAUCCAGAAGCUGUUGGAGGCUGCUGUUGGGUUUUUAGGUAUCAAUCCAAGGGAUAUUGUGAAAUAUUCUACCGAGAAAAUAAUAGAAUCAUUAAGUGGAAAGAACCCAGACACGUAUAAUAUUAAAGAACCUUUAAAGGUCCUGGAAAGCAUUGUGAGUGAAGUACAUCAGAGCACCGAGAGAGGUGAGAACCUGGUCACCUCUGAUGAUCUUUUGGAAUGGUUAAGGCCAUUUUGCGGCGAUGACUCUUUGCCAAUUAAACCUAGAAUCGAUGUGCUGCAGAUUAUGGAGCAAGCGUUUAAUCUCGGAGAUGAAGAUGUUCAGCUGCUUGUGUUUUUCCGAACGCAGGCUGUUUUGAAAGCAUCAUGGCCAGAUAAAAAGGUGGACGUGACUGACAUUGAAAAUGAAGACAAAAGAUAUGCUCUAUUCCUGGAGGUGCUAGACAUUAGUCACAAGCAACCGGAAUUUCAGCAUUUAGCGUUACUUUUACAAGCUUGGCCUCCCAUGAAAAGUGCUACAAUUACAUGUUCAGAAAAUAACCCAUGGGUGAAACUUGUUAAAGCAAUGCUGUCCAAAUCUGAAAAGGAUAAAAAAGAAGACGUAUCAGCAGAAAUUUUGAAAAUGUCACGCUCUUUGUACAAUUCUAGGCAUAAACUCUCCAAGGAGUGCAUAAAAGAGAUAUGUACGCUGAUGCUAAACCACUCAAUGCUGCUGUCGUCGCUGAAGCUGCUUUUAGAAUACCAAGAUAAAGAUCUUCAUUCAAAAGCAUUGGAGCUUUUAACAGCAGUUACUAAGGUUAAUAAUUCAAACUGCGACUCUGAAAUCCUUUCUUUGUUACUGGAUGCCAAGUUAGUGGUGGAUUGCAUUGGCACUGUCUACUAUUCUCAUCUGAUUAAUCACCUGUUAUCCAAGCAAGAAGACGGUCUGUGGAAUGUGGAAGAAAUUGCUAAGCAAUUGCACGAUUCUGGAUUUAAGGCAGAAGCAGGAUCACUCCUGAUGUCUUACAGGGGAACACAUCCUGCUCUGAAAACAUUUAGCUCAGCUUUUGCUAGUCUUAAACGUUGGUUGUAGGGUGGAUUUAACGUACAAGUGCAUAGAAAACUAAUAUUUUCUAGGAUGCAGUUAAAAAAUAUUCUAAACGGACAUGAAACCCAACAUUUUUCUUUCAUGAUUCAGAUAGAGCAUAUCAUUUUAAACAUCUUUCCAAUUUACUUCUAUUAUCUAAUUUGCUUAGUUCUCUUGAUAUCCUUUGUGGAAAAGCAUGCAUAGGUAGGCUCAGGAGCUGGUAGUUAGCUGCUGAUUGGUGGAUGCACAUAUAUGCCUCCUUUCAUUGGCUUAUCGAUGUGUUCAGCUAACUCCCAGUAGUACAUUGCUUUCUUCUUCAAUAAAGGAUACCAAGAGAAUGAAGCAAAAUUGAUAAUAAAAGUUGUUUAAAAUUGUAUGUUCUAUCUGAACCACAAAAGAAAAAAAUGGGGUUCUACAUUUUUUGAGGACAGAUGCCAUUUCCUUAAAGCGUACUUAAAACAUGUUAACAUAUGGGAAUAAAAUAAAACAUUAUAGUACAUGUAAUAUGUAACAAAAAGUAAUCUGUGAAAUACAUUAAACAGGAGCUUUGAAUUAUUGGUUUAAAUAAAUACCAGCAAAACUGCAGUUUUCAAGACCACCAAGUUUUCACUAUAAUUCUAUCAUAUAUAAAGGGAUAUGAAACCCAUUUUUUUCAUUCAUGAUUCAGAUAGAGCAUACAAUUUUAAGUAACUUUCUAAUUUACUCCUAUUAUCAAUUUUUCUUCAUUCUCUUGUAUCAUUAUUUGAAAAAGCAGAAAUAUUAGCUUAGGAGCCGGCCCAUUUUUGGUUCAGAACCUGGGUAGCUCUUGCUUAUUGGUGGCUACAUUUAGCCACCAAUCAGCAGGUGCUGAGCCAAAAAUAUGCCGGCUUUAAAUUCCUGCUUUUCAAAUAAUGAUACAAGAGAAUGAAAACAAAUUGAUAAAGGAGUAAAUUAGAAGUUGUUUAAAAUUGCAUGCUCUAUCCGAAUCAUGAAAGAAAAAAAAUGGGUUUCAUGUCCCUUUAUGAAGAAAAGAGAAGACGUAUGCACUUAUGGUCUUUCAUUUAUUUCUCCUAAGUGAUAUAAAUUUGUACUAAACACAAUUUGUGAAAUUUACUCAGGUGGGGCUGUGAGUUGCUGGUGUUAUAAAAUGUACAGUAUGUUUCUAUGUUAUCAUUACAAAUAUAUUGUAAUUUUAAAAAAUCACUUGACAGUCAGGCAACUGAGUUUACAUAAGAGCUACAACUGUUUAUGACAUUAGUUUAUCACAAAUUAUUUAUGUGCAUUGUUUACCUGCCUUAAAAUGAAGACUCAGAUGCGUGCAUUUGCUCUCAUGGUAAAAUUGUAUGGUAAAUAUGAAAAGUUGGUGUAUUAAAAAUAUAAUAUGAAUUGUAACAAGAAAAUUCUGUUCUGUUCAAAUUGUAUUAAUUAAAAAAAUAACAGUUUAAAAAGAGAUUUUUUUUUUCUAUCAUUAUGACAUUUUGUGACAAAACAGAAAUUUGGGAACCCAGGUUUUCUUUCUAAGGUUACAGCUUGUAACUGUGUCAUUUUAGUUAUCUACUAAACAUCUUGUUCAAUUUUACAUUAAAGAAAAACUGAGAAGCCAUAUGGAUAUUUUUAUGUUGAACCAAUAAAUUGUAAUGACUUGAUGAA